GCCAUGUACUACGCUACCGUCGCCGCCGCGGCCCUCCACCAGUUGCUCCUUCGUACCAUCACGAAGGCCCUCGACGACAACGUCGUCGCGCAAAACGUGGCCUCCGGCCUUUUCUGCGCCCUGUUUGUGGCCCUCGGCGUCGUCAAUCGGCCAACGCUGCUCGCCACAAGCAUGCUCGGCUACCUCGUCAGCGACUCCGCGUCUGUGACCACCGCUGGGUAUGCAAUCCAUCACGCCGUCACCGCGAUGCUCCUGCUCGUGAGCCUUCACGCAGAGGGAGCCUACGACGACCUGACUGUGGUACUUGGAGGCUACGGCGAGGCCUCGACUAUCCUGCUUUGCGUCGCGGACACCUUCAAGCAGCGACCGCGCCUCCAAAAGGCGUACCCGCAAUUGAACCAAUUUGUGCGCUACGCGUUCGCUUUUGCGUUUUUUGGGUUGCGCGUGGGGUACUGGUCGGCGUCUGUGUGGAAAUCAACCAGUGAGUUAGGUUGACAACGUCGCGUCGAUGGCCUGAAAACUCCACGCCAUCGAGCAGACGCAGCUACGGAGACAACAUCGCGCCGAUGGCGUGGGGCGCCCGAAAUUUGAUUUCCACACAGGUCGGCUUGGAUUAUUCCCUGGACCGGACCACUGCCCGUGCGCCUCGGGCUCUACGCGCUGCUCUGCCUACAGUACUACUGGGGCUUCUGCAUUCUGAAAAAGGUGGCGAGUUCGGUUGCCCCGUACCGCGACCGGUUUCGCCGGCCGCGCGGCAAGCACCGGCCCGUCUGCUGCUGUGUGGAAAUCAAAGUUAGUAGGCUUCUCCGCGGCUGAAUCAUGACCUGCACGCCAUCGACCUUGCUCGACGGCGUGGCGGUGUGGGUCUCUCUACACUCGAUUCAGUGAACACGGUCGCGUCGCCGCCGAGACUCGAGAAAGUGCACCAGAUCACUGGUUGAUUUGCGCCCAGGUCUGCGGCGGUCUCUGCCUCGUCGCGAACAUCAAAAACAACCAGUUCCCCUGCGUGCCCUGGAUGAUCGUGGUCCCCAACGCGCUCUUCUGCCUCCUGCUGCCGACCAAGCUCGCGACCGAGAAACACGCUGCGCUCGCCUGCAUGGCGGGGAGUCUCGCGUGUCUGGUGGCCGCGCGGUUCACGGAGCCCGGGAUCCUGCCCGCGGCCGUGGACAUCGACCACGACGCGCCCGAUGCUCCGGUCACGCACGUCCUCAUUGGCGGGAAACGGGUGCCGCUCGCCGACCGCCGCGCGAGAUAUUCGAGGUAUACGGACGUCAUCGUCGCGCGGCUCGACCACUACUGCUCCUGGAUCGGGAGCCCCGUCGGCGCGCGGAACCAUUUCUACUACGUCGCGUUCUGUGUGGAAAUCAGAAUUUUACGGCGCGUUCGUGUUGAAUCAUCGCGUCCUCCUCCACGCCAUCGACGCGACGCCUGCUCGAUGGCGUGGCGAUGCCGGUUCCUCACCGCUCGACCGAGCCAGGACGGCCGCGUCAUCGCCGAGAAAUGACUUAGUGAAGAAUUAUCGCGUGCAGCCGGCACACUGGUUGAUUUCCACACAGGUCGCGUUCCUCUUCUGGUCUUCGCUAGACGUCGCGAUCAUGGGGCCGGCGAGCGCGCUGCGCUUCGGGCGCCUCGCGCGGUCGAAACAUAGUAUCGAGCGGGUCUCGCCGCCCUUCGUGGUCGGCCUCGCGCUCCUGGGGUGCUACUGCUUCGGGGUCCUGGUCUGGACCGGCAGCCUCCUCGUCGACCAGGCCGGUCUCGUGCGGCUCGGUGCCUCUGCUCGAUGGCGUGGAGGGCGACGCUCGCCACGUGCGCGGCCACCGGUCGACGUCCGCACAGGUCACGCGAAACGAGACGUCGAUCGAGCGGGUGAAGAAGACGUGGCGCGGCCGCGCGAAUCCGUACGACCGCGGAGCCUUCCGGAACUGGCUCGACUUCUGCUUUCGCGCGACGCCGUCGGUCGUCCUCGAAUUGGAUCAGGUAGAGAGCCGUUGUGAGGCCGCGUAA